AUGUUUAAGAAGGGAUUGGAUGUAUUGAACAAGACAAAGGAGGCUGCUAAGGCUUCAAUCGUUGACUUGGUAGAGGAGACUGAAGAGGUCAACAAUGCCAAGGGACAGAUCAAGAAUAUGAAGUGGUGCUUGAAGUUAUUGACAGAGUUGUCAAAGAACUAUUGUGUUCACUCUGAUAAACAGGUUCAACAAGGACAGGCAUUGGCUCAGAUAUUCACCAAGUUUGGUGACAAGACAUCACAUACCAACUAUAUUUCAAACUUGACUGUACCAUUGUCAGUGUCAUUGAUGCAGGUUGGCAGCGGUGUACAGGACGGCUCAUUGUUGUUCCAACAGUACUCCGUUGGUUUCUACGAUCGCCUGGGCAACCAGCUCACAGCACUGUACGAGGGUGCCGUCAAGAAGGUGAUCGCCUUGGAGAAGGAGCAGGAGGAGGUGCGCGCCAAGUACAGCGCCGCCGUCUACAAUCUCAAGAGUGCACAAAAGUCUGGCAAGCACGUCAGCGAGAAGCAGGAUGAGCACGACGUGUCAAAGGGUGGCUACGACCAGAUCUCAAACAGACUGGUGUCAGAGACCAAGGACAUGGUCAAGACUGUGCAGCUGGAGGUGGCACUUUCCCUGAAGCAGUUUGUCCAAGAUCAGAGACGUUUUGCCGAGGAGGGUAUUAGACGAUGGACCGAAGCCGAGGACAAGAUCUUUGGUGUCGAGUCCCCAGUGGCCACCUCAUCGGACCCAUCAGCCGUGAGCCUUGAGAAGCUCACUGUCCAAGAUAGCAGUGUUCUCUAA